AUGGCCUUGGGAGGAGCAUCCCGGGCUGCACUUCUGCCGUUGAUUUGUGGUCCCAAAGUUCACCGACAUAAGCGCUUUCAUUUCACCGUGCAAGCCCCGAGGUGCUCGACCAGAACGUCCGCAUUAUCCGAGCAUCAACGGCCGAUAAUGUCGCCGUUCUCCAUCAAGUCACGCCAGCAAAGUAGAGUCCUUACCGGCAUCUUUUACAAGGAGCAACGAGAUAAAAUCCAGAUCGAAAAGAAGACCACUAGCGUCUGGGCUCGCUGCUUUCAGGGCUUCAUGGGUCAAGCUCAAUAUCAGCCUACCAGAUACCGAUACCGAGUCAGGGACCUACAUUGUCCCUGA